CCGAUCCUUCCGCUUCGCCGCUUCAGCGCAGCGCUGCCCAGCAUGGCACGUCGAUUUCGCGGGAUGGCUGCGCUUGGCGCGCUGGCCUUUGGUACCUGGGCCUUCGUGGGCUCUGGAUCUGUGAGUCGUGAUCCGAGCACCGCAAUGAAGGGUUAUCGACUUGAUAAAAUGCUGGAGGCUUCCGAUGGUGAUCGAUCCCUGCAGGUGUCUGAAGGCUUCUGGGUGGGCGAGAAGGGCUUCGAAAAGUCACAGUGGGCGCAGGGCUACCGCUACCGCAUGCGCGCCUCACCAGAGGAGGUUAAGAAGGGGAUCGACACACCUCCAAUCUUCCAGCUGGGCCCCAUCAAGAUCAAGUUGGGCGAAUGCUUCGGCGGCAGCGGCAACAACGACAACCUUCGAAAGUUGAAAAAGGAGAUCGCGCAAGCUGGCAUUGAUGAUCCCAAGAAGAUUGCUGAGAACGAGUACUGGCUCAAGCGCUACGGUCACAAGCGUUGGUUCCCGAAGUACGUGGACCAGUCUGGUGCCCCCAACCAACAGGGCCUGUUCCGUGGAUUGGCCGCCUGGUCUGGCUAUGAUCCUCUCAAUGAGGAGCGUGGCAAGAGCUGGAUCGAGGCGGACUACGGCAAGCCGUUGAUCAAGGAUAAGAAGGACCUGCAGCUGCCCGGCCUAUUGACCAAGGAACAGAUGCAGAAGGAGCUGGACAGCGGGAAGCUGCCGAAGCUCCCUGCACCCAAGAAGUGAGGCCAUGACCUGGCCGACAAGGCCGCGCCACGGCCGUGGGGUUGGAGCUGAGAUGGCCAAGGAUGCCAUUGGUUGUGGGUCAAGGGAGGUAGUGUGCAACUCCACACACUGGCCCGGUUUUUUUUUGAAGGAACUCC